AUGACCGAUCGAUCAAUACCCACCACCAAGAACCUCACCGGCUCGGCCUCGGUUAGCCGCCGCCGCCAGGCCAUCAGGCUUUUGAGGGCGGCAGCAAUUGGCGCCUCCCUCUUGUUCCUGUCGGGAUUAGCCUUAACCGCGACAGUGGUAUCCCUGAUUGUCGCUACCUCGGUUUUGAUCUUGUUCAGCCCAAUUCUGGUUCCUGCUGGGAUACUGCUACUCUUUGCCACGGCCGGGUUCGUGGUGUCCAGCAGCUGCAGCUUGGCGGCGUUGUUCUGGGUAUGCUCCGGUGUCCCCGGAAGACACCGGCCAAGGGCGGAACCUCUGCCUUCUGCAAGGAGGAGGAUCGCCGACAAGGCCAGGGAUAUGAAGAAGAGGGCCGAAGAGUAUGUUCAGCACAAGGCUCAGGAGGUGGGUCCUCAAGGGUCUUGA